AUGCCGGGUGGGGGUGCGGGCGGCCCGCGGGACCGGGACGGGUCCGGCCCGGGCAGCUCCGCCCGCGGGGCCGCCUCCGCCGCCUGCCCCUGGGGCUGCACGCCCGGCCCCGGCGGCUGGAGCGGCGCGCCCUUCUGCCCUUGGCACCGCCUGUCCGGCCUCGGCGACCUCCCGGUGCUGCCGCAGGGCCCCUCCCAGACGGUGAUCCAGUACGAGGGGGGGGAGGUGUGUCUGCUCUGGGACGACGGCCCCAGGCUGGAGGAUUUCUACCAGCUGGGGGAUGACGACGAGGACGAGUCUGACACAGAUUACGAGGAGCGGGAUGAGUUUUGGGACGUUCCCCUCGUGGAGCGGCCCCGGCCCUACAGCUACUGCGGCUUCCGCAAAUCCUUCUUGUGCGCGGAGCCGCCCCUGCCGCAGCCCCCCCGAGCCCCCCCGAGCCCUCUGGAGGUGCGGCUGGACCAGCUGCCCACACCCCGCUGGGCCCGGCUCACGGCAGAGGAGGCGGAGAGGAACGCGCAGGAGCUGGUAGCGGAGGAGGAGCGGGUGAAGAGGAAAGCAGAGAAAAAAAAGCUGAAGAAGAAGAAGCAAAAAGACCGGAAAAAACGGGAGAAACUGGGUCAAGAGCAGAAGAACAAGGAGAACACUGACCCAAGUCCCCCGGCCCCGAGCGGCCUCGCGGGCACUGGGCCCCCCCAGGAUGGUGCUGAGGAGGAGGGGGAGUGCACAGACCCCUCCUCACACCCUGGGAACUCCACAGCCCCACCAGAGGACACAGAGGGAGCAGAGGAGGAGCUGGACCUGAGCUGCACCUUCGUCUGCAAAGCGCGGGAGAAGGCGGGGGUUCGGCUGCCCACCCCGGGCAGGGAGCGGCCCCCCGGCACAGGGGACACAGAGCCAGGCAGGAGGGCACUGGAGAAGGGCAGUGGGGAGGGCCCUGCCCCCCCCCGGGUCCCCCAGCCCCCCGGCCCCAGUGCGGUGGAGCAGAGCCUGAUGCUGGCAGGCCGUGGGAUCGCUGCAGCCCAGGCGGGCCGGCACGACGAGGCCGUUCGGGCCUUCAGCGCUGCCCUGAAGCUGAACCCCCGGGAGCACCGGCUCCUGGGGAACCGCUCGUACUGCCUGGAGAAGCUGGGCCGAUAUGAGGAGGCUCUGGGGGACGCGGAGGCGGCACUGGGGCUGCAGCCGGGCUGGCCCAAGGGCUCCUUCCGCAAGGGCAAGGCCCUGCGGGGGCUGCAGCGCUACGCCGAGGCCGCGCGCACCUUCGAGGAGCUGCUGCUGCGGGACGGGGCCCACGCUGAGGCCGCUGCACAGCUGGAGGCCUGCCGGGCCCUGCUGCGGCAGCACAGCCGCCCUGGGGGGGUCCCCGUGUCCCCUUUCCUGCCUGAGACCAAGGAGCCACCGCUUCUCCCCGGGGGGUGGGCGAGCGGGAGCUGCCAGCAGACAGGUGGUGGUGGGGGGAGCACGGGAACCCCCACGAGAGACCGAGGACAGGGACCUGCCACGGCUGCCAGCCACCUGACACUGCCACCGAGCCACCCUGCCAGGGACUGCUUCCCGCUCUGGGUGGGCAACGUCACCCCCCAAAUCAGCGAGAAGGUGCUGCGCCGCACCUUCGGCCGGUUCGGGGAGAUCCACUCGGUGCGGAUGCUCCCGGGCCGGCGCUGCGCCUUCAUCAACUUCUGCGGGAAGGCGGCGGCGGAGGCGGCCUUUGGGGCCAUGCAGGGUGCCACCGUGGAGGGCAGCGAGCUGGUGCUGCAGCUCAAGCACCCGUCCCACGCCACGCCGGCCCCCCUGCCCCGUGCCAGGGGGGGUCCUGCCCCCGGGGGGCUGCUCAGAUGACCCUGCUCUGUCGGGGGGGGGCUGCCGGGGCCCCCCUGCACCUGCCUGUACCUGCCUGUACCUGCCUGUGCCUUGUCCCCGCGCUGGGGGUGAGUGUCCCCCCUCCUGCCUUGGGGGGGUCGGGGCCCCCCUGCAGCCCCUCGUGCCUGGGGGGGUGGGCCCGGGCUGAUCCCCGCGGCCCCUCAGGGAUUUGUUACCUGUUUGGGUUUUAUAAUAAAACUGGGACUGUUGUCCUUC